ACUGUCUCUCGCGGUCUCCGCCUUAUCGUGAGAUGACUGAGUGACUGAGUGACUUACGGGUACUACUCACCACGCGGGAAUCCAGGCUUGAACGUGGGGACACAUUUCCCUGUGGUAACGAUGUGCGGGAUCUAUAAGUAUAACUCGACGACGCCGGGCCCUCGAACUCAGGACAGCAUUGUUUCCUCAACUCCCUUUCUUUUUGUGGUCGUCACGAUUUUACGAAUCCGGGGUACGUCCUCCGUUUUACUAUAGAGCUAUAGAAUCCAUUUGUUCAACACACGAGGGUUCCAACAAGCCCUCUUCUUCCUCAAGCCUGUUAUUCAACUUGCACAUUCUUUGACGACCUGUGUUGUUGGUGUUGUUGUUAGUGUUGUGUAUAUACCCCUUUAUCCCCACAUUUGCCCAUUGAUACACCUGCUCAUCCCAAGAUACUCGGAGUCAAAAUGGCGCUAUCACAACAAGAAAUCGAGACUAUCCUUGCCAAGGAUGGUCCCAUGCCCAUCGCUAUCGUUGGUGUUUCGGGCAGAUUCCCUGGAGAUGCGACGACCCCAGACAAACUUUGGGAUAUGGUCUCCCAGGCAAGGAGUGCGUUGACCGACGUACCAAAGGACCGUUACAACAUUGAUGGAUUCUACCACCCUAGUGCCGAGCACCAGGGUACAACGAGUACUCGAAAGGGCCACUUCAUUUCGUCUGAUGUUGGCCUAUUCGAUGCUCCUUUUUUCAAGAUCUCUGCCCAGGAGGCUCAUGCUAUGGACCCCCAGCAGAGACUUGCUCUUGAACUCUCAUACGAGGCCUUGGAAUCAGCUGGCCUGACAAUGGCCGACGUUGCCCAAGCCAAGAUGGGAUGCUACCUGGGAACGUGCGUUAGAGAUUAUGCCGCAAUUCGCGCCAUUGAUCCAGACGAUUACCCUCGUUACGAAGCCAACGGUUCGAUGGGUACUGCCAUGGUGUCCAACCGAAUUUCCUGGUACUUCGACCUGAAGGGACCUAGCUUGACGCUUGAUACCGCUUGCUCAUCGUCCCUUGUUUGCUUGCAUUUAGCUAUGCAGAGCAUUCGCACUGGAGAGUCAAAUAUGGCUCUCGUCGGUGCCACUAACUUGAUUUUGGCACCCCAUACUUCCAACCAUCUUAGCACCUUGUCAUUCUUGUCCAAGGAUGGCAAGUCGCAGUCUUUCGAUCACAAGGCUAACGGUUACUCACGUGGCGAAGGUGUUUCAUUCGUUGUCGUCAAGUCUUUGGUCGAUGCCCUGCGAGAUGGUGACUGCAUUCGUGCGGUUGUUCGAGGAACCUCGGUGACCCACGACGGUCGAACUCCCGGUAUCAACCUGCCUUCUGCUGAAUCGCAGGAAGACUUGAUCCGAGCUGCGUACAUUAACGCGAACUUGACGCCUGAGAACACUACCUAUUUCGAGGCUCACGGCCCCGGUACACCAGCCGGUGACCCGCUGGAGACUUCUGCUAUUUCUAAGGUCUUCAGCAAGUAUCACUCUCCCGAGUCCCCGCUCUACGUUGGAUCCGUCAAGUCCAACAUCGGCCACUUGGAAGCUGGUGCUGGUAUUGCCGGCCUUACGAAAGCGAUCUAUGCUCUCGAGAAGGGUCAAAUCCCUCCUAACAUCUGGUUCGAGAGAGCCAACCCAAAGAUCUUGCUAAAAGAAUGGAACCUUUCCGUUCCCACUGAGCUUCUGCCCUGGCCAACUGAUGGCCUACGACGUGCCAGUAUCAACUCGUUCGGAUACGGUGGUACUAACGCUCAUUGUAUCAUUGAUGAUGCUUACCAUUAUCUUAGUAGCCGUGGCCUCAUCGGGCGCCACAACACUACCCCUGUUGUCCCUCGACCGGCGAUUCUCACCCCCGAGGUCGAAAUCCCUACCUCCAUGGCUUCCUCAGCUUUCGCCACUAGUGUCAUGAACUCUGAAGCUGUCAGUACCGAAGGCACGACCACACCAGCGUCGGAGGUUGGCAGCGUGGAGGACCUAGGAGUUAUUUCUUCUACCCCUCAGCUUCUUGCCUGGUCUCAUCAUGAACAGAACGGCAUUGCUAGAACCGCCAAGGACCUACAGGCCUACCUCAAAGAAGGAAACGUUCUCGCUACCGAAGCUCCCACUCACCUUAAGCGCCUGGCUUAUACCCUAGCAGCACGCCGAACCCGACACCCCUGGGCCUCAUUCGUUGUUGCUUCGGACCUCGAGGAGGCCAUCAAGGAACUUGACACCCCUGCUAAGCACCUGCGCCCCUCGGACAACCUUGCCUCGGUAUGGAUCUUCACUGGUCAGGGUGCUCAAUGGUUCGGUAUGGGCCGAGAACUGAUGGCUUACCGCACCUACCGGACUCGUAUUGAGGAAGCUGCUGCUCACCUCAAAUCUCUUGGUUGUGAAUGGGAUCUAGUCGAGGAGCUCGGAAAGAGCCAGGCCGAUUCACGAGUCAACGAACCCCAGAUCAGUCAGCCGGCUUGUACUGCUGUACAAGUUGGUCUAGUCGACUUGUUGAAGGAGUGGGGCGCCUCUCCUGACUUCACAGUUGGCCACUCCAGUGGAGAAAUUGGUGCCGCAUAUGCUAAGGGUGCACUUUCUCGCCAGGCUGCUUGGACCGUUGCCUACCACCGUGGUCGUCUAUCAGCAAGCCUUAACAUUACUGGUGCUAUGUUGGCCGUUGCUCUCGGAGAGGAGGGUGUACAGCCUUUCAUCGACCAGUGCACUUCCGACCCCAAGCCCGUCAUUGCUUGCGUUAACAGCCCCGAAAGUGUGACCCUCUCCGGUAGUGUGGAGGGUAUCGAUGAGGUACUCAACAUCAUUGGCAGCCAAGCCUGGGCUAGGAAGCUGCUUGUCAAGACCCCUUACCACAGUCCUUUCAUGAGGAAAUUGGCUGAGCCUUACUAUGAGUCCAUGAAUGGUAUCACAGGUGGCGAAGCUACGUCUACCCGCAUGUUUUCUUCUGUUACUGGCCAAGAAAUUGACGAUGCCGGCCUUCUCAACCCUCAAUAUUGGGUGGACAACAUGGUAAACUGUGUCCGUUUCAGUCCUGCGUUGUCUGGUAUCCUGAGCGAGCCCACUGUCUCUGGCAAGCCCGUUGUCCUGAUGGAAGUGGGUCCUCAUGGCGCCCUCCAGGGUCCUGUCAAGCAGAUCAUCAAGGCUUUGCCGACGCAACCCUCAGAGAUGAACCUGUUCAGCUUGCUCACCCGUAAGGAGGACGCCAUCCGAACUACGCUCAAGGGUGUUGGUAUCCUCUUCCAGAAGGGACUGCCUAUUGAUGUUAGCAAGGCCAACCACCUCGACUCUAAGCAGGAGUCCCCAAGCUUCCUUGUUGACCUCCCUCCUUUCUCCUGGAACCACAACACUCGAUUCUGGUACGAAACCGCUCUGUCCUAUGCUUACAAGAACCGAAGCGAACCUAAGCAUGAUAUUUUGGGUUCACGUGAUAUCUUCUCUGGCGAUGCCGAGCCUGCCUGGCGCAACUACCUGCGCACCUCCGAGAUUCCGUGGGCUCGUCACCACGGUGUGCAGGACAUUUUCCUAUUCUCCGCUGCAGGUUUCCUGACCAUGGUUGUGGAGGCCAUGCGCCAGAUUGCCGAGCCUGGCAAGGUCGUUGAGGGUGUCCAGUUCCGAGAUGUCUUUCCUGGUGCACCGAUCAUCCUGACUGACAACGAGGACCAGCCUGUCGAGACAAAGCUCCAGCUCCGCAACUGGCGCUUGGCUUCGCGAUCUCUAACAACAUACUGGAAGGAAUUCUCUAUUUCUAGCCGUACUCGGGAUGGCACGUGGACCCAGCACAGUACUGGUCUCGUCUCGCUGAAGUAUGCUGCUGACAACCACGCAUCUAGCUUUGCCGAUGAACAGGCCGCCAACAGCGAAAUCUACAAGAGCGAGUAUGCUCGCAUCAAGGACUCCCAACUAACUCCCCACACUGGUGAUGAAUUCUACGCCAAAUUUGAGAAGCUUGGUAUGCGCUGGGGUGAAACAUUCAAGACCCUCAAAGAGUCGCACACAGCUGGUAAUGCUGUUGUUGCCACUCUCCAGGUCCCCGACACACAAUCUUGGAUGCCUGCCCAUGUGGAGUCUUCCUACGUUAUCCACCCUGCUACCCUGGAUGGUAUCUUCCACGUUCUCCUGGCCGCUGAGGGUGUCGAGAAGAUCACCGUUCCCAAGUACAUCGAACGCAUCUACGUCUCCACUAAGUUGCCAACUGAAGUCGGCUCUAAGCUCCAGGGUUACGCUGAGAUCAAAGAGAAGUGGGCUGAUGGCACCAAUGGAACUGUUGUCCUCUCUGAUGAGAAGUGGGAUGAGCCUUUGCUUAUCUUCGAAGGCUUGAAGUCGACUGACUACAACUCCGACAACAAAGAAGACGAGAAGGAUGAGGCCAAGAUCAAGGCCGUGCGGAAAUUGGGUGCCUACUCGACUUGGCAUGUCGACGUCGAGAAUUCCCCCGAGACUUUGAAGGAAGUCUUGACUGAUGCCAUCAACAAGGCUCCCCAGGUGCCAUACAAGGAAGUUUACGACCUCGAGUGGUGCGCGUACAUUGUGUGCAAGAGAAUGGCUCAACGUUUCACCGAUGAAGAUGCCAAGCGCAUGGCUCCUCACCACCUGAUCUUCUAUAACUAUAUGAAGAACCAAGUGAAGCUCGCUAGCGAAAACAAGCUUCCCUGCCAGACACCCGAGUGGCUGUCAUCUAGCAAGGAGACCGAAGACGAGGUCCUUGCCCGCGCCGCUGCUACUAGCCUUGAGGGCAAGAUGAUGGUGCGCAUCAGUGACAACAUUGAGAGUGUCCUUCUCGGCGAGAUUGAGCCUUGGGAGCUUAUGAACCACGAUAACGCUCUUAACGAGAUGUACCGCUAUGGUCUCUCUGACGAGCGGACCCCUGCCGUCCAAUGCGAGUACAUCAAGCGCCUAGCUGCCAAGAAACCUCUCCGCAUCCUAGAGAUCGGUGCUGGUACCGGUUCAGCCACCAGCCGUAUCUUUGCUGCGCUAGGUGAAAACAUUGCUGGCAAGCUCACUAAGUACACCUACACUGAUAUUUCAGGUUCUUUCUUCGCUGAAGCUGCUGAGGAAUUCAAGGAAUACCGGUCUCUAAUGGACUUCAAGGUCUUGAACGUUGAGAACGAGCCUGCUGCCCAGGGCUUCGAGGAGGGCUCUUAUGAUGUAGUUGUCGCUUUCCAGGUCUUGCACGCUACCUCCAAGAUCAGCACAACCCUCGCCAACGCCCGCAGACUAUUGAAGCCUGGUGGUAAGCUUAUCGUUACAGAGUUGACUAGUAAGAUUGGUAGACGUUCCGCCGUUUUCGGUUUGCUCGCUGGUUGGUGGCUUGGUGAGGAUGAUGACCGUCACUGGGGCCCCGAGCUUUCUGAGGAGGGCUGGGAUGAGCGCCUCAAGUCUGUCGGUUUCACUGGAGCUGAUCUGUGCUUCCGUGAUCGUGAUGAUGUUGGCUGGUCAUCUUCGCUCGUCGCGUCUACCAACCCUAUUAAGCCUGAGAUCUCUCCUCUUAACAAUGUUACCAUCGUCACUGGCUCCGAUGAGUCUGCACAGGCUCAGGGCCUUGUCGAUGAACUAACGAAGAAACUAACCGCUGAAGGCGCCACCGUUGACAAGAAAACACUUGACGAAGCAGUUGAGACCGACUUGACGAAGAACCGCGUCAUUGUUGCCGCUGAGGUCGAGAAGGCGGUGCUGACCAACAUGAAUGAAGCGCAGUAUGCAGCUAUCAAGAACAUCUUCCUCCGAUCGGAUGGAACCCUAUGGCUCACCCAAGGUGGUGCUACCAUUGACUGUCAACGGCCUGCGCUCAACAUGAUCACUGGUUUAGCCCGCACUGUUCGUGGUGAAGACCCCGAGAUCCGCCUCGCUACCCUCGAUCUUGACCCCAAUGUUUCACUCAACGAUGCCUCCACCGUGAGCACGAUUAUGCAGGUACUCAACAUCCAGGGUGAUGCCGCCAACAAUGAGCAUGAAUUCGCCGCUCGCAAGGGUGCCCUCCACAUCCUCCGUCUUGGCACCGACGAGAACCUUAGCCGACUUCUCGAGCCUAAUGAGGACAACGAGAAUGCCCUGUCCCUGCAGCCACUCAAACAAGCUAACCGUGCGCUCAAACUUGGCCUCAAAGCCACUGGUGAGCUCGACAGCUUCUACUUCAGCGACGACGCCGAGUACGAGAAGCCUCUCGGUGAUUCCGAGGUUGAAAUUGAAGUCAAGGCUGUUGGUCUUGACCAAUUUGACAUGGUUGUGGCUGUUGGACAGAUUUGGGACGUUAACCUAGGUGUUGAAUGUUCUGGUAUCGUCACUCGCGUCGGUAAAGACGUUUCCGACUACGCUGCCGGUGACCGUGUCUUCACUGUUGCCAACGGCUGGUACAGAACCUACGUCCGAAACACCCAGGAGAACUUCCAGAAGCUUCCCGAGUCCAUGUCCUUCGAGGAGGGUGCUUCUCUAAUGAUUUCUUAUGGUACUGCGGCCUACAGUGUCUACAACGCUGCCCGUCUUGAGGCAGGUGAGACUAUCUUGAUUCACUCUGCUGCUGAUGUCCUCGGCCAGGGUGCGAUCCAGAUGGCUCAACAUAUUGGUGCUAAAGUUCUCGUCACCGUUUCUUCUGAGACAGAGAAGAACCUGCUCAGGGAGAAGUAUGGUAUUCCCGAUGAUCACAUUUUCAGCAACAAGGAUGCCGGCUUUGUCCAGGGCAUCAAGCGUGUCACCAAGGGCGAGGGUGUCCAAGUUGUCAUCAACUCGCUCACCGGUGAGUUGCUUCGCCAGACCUGGCACUGCAUUGCACCUUUCGGUCGCUUCAUUGAGCUAGGUGUCAAGGAUAUCAAGUCCAACACUGGUCUUGACAUGGUGCCGUUCCUUAACAACGCCACUUUCUCCGGUGUCAAUGUCCUACAAAUGUACCGCACCAAUAAGCGCGUCUUCAGCAAGCUCAUGGCGGAUGUCUUGAAGUACUAUACCGAGGGUGUAUUCAAAUUUGUGCCGCUCAACAUUAAGAAGUUCUCCGAGAUAUCCGAUGCUUUCCGUAUCCUACAGUCUCGCCGCUCCCUAGGUAAGGUCGUGCUCCAGGUUGUUGAGGACGAUCUCGUUCCCGUCACCCGUGGCAAGAAGACCGAGCUUAAACUCAACCCCAAUGCUACCUAUCUCAUCCCUGGUGGUACCGGUGGUCUCGGUCGCUCUAUGCUCACCUGGAUGGCUGAUAGGGGCGCGAAGUACUUCGCACUCACCUCUCGCUCUGGUGCCAAGAACCCCGAGGUUCAAGCUGUUCUCGCCGACCUUACCGCCAGAGGUGUGCAAACUCGUGUCUUUGCCACCGAUAUUGGUGACGAGGCUGAGUGUGCCAAGGUUCUUGAGGAGCUGGCUAAUAGUAAUUUCCCAGCCAUCAAGGGCACAGUUGUCUUAGCCAUGAACGUGAAGGAUUCCAUGUUUGAGACUAUGCCUCUUGAUGCUUGGAAUGGCGCCAUCCGUCCCAAGUACUAUGUCACUACCAACUUGCACAACCAGCUACCCAAAGACCUCGACUUCUUCAUCACGCUGUCCUCUGCCGCCGGCCAGAUUGGUUCCAUCGCUCAGAGCAACUACAACGCUGGUAACGUGUACCAGGAUGCCAUCACAUACCACCGCCGCACUCUGGGUCUUGCUGGUACUUCAAUUGAUCUUGGCUGGAUGGGUGAUAUCGGUUUCGUGUCUGAGCAGGGUAAAGUGCCAGAGAUUGUUGCUUGUGGUGCUCCCCAGAUCGGAUCAGCUCAGCUGUGGGCAAUUCUCGAAGAAGCCAUGGCCGGCGAUAUCCGCAACCAGCCUACCUUGGGUCUAGCAAGUGGCGGUCUUGUCAAGGCCAACGGCUUUGAUGAGCCCUACUGGUUCGCCGACGCUCGCUUUGGACCUCUCCGAGCCUACGACUCAGCAACACAGAGCGCCAAGUCCAACAAGAACACUGGUUCAACCAUCGACCUUGCUGCCGUCAUUGGGGCAGCCAAGACCAUGGUUGAGGCUACCAAGGUGGUCUGCCAAGGCCUCAUGGUCAAGCUUGCCAAGGGUCUUAUGAUGGAGCUCGAGGAUCUUGACCCAGCCCGCCCGAUUAACAUCUAUGGUGUCGACUCUCUCAUCGCCGUCGACAUUCGCGCCUGGGCCCUCAAGGACCUCCAGGGAGUGAUCCACGUCUCAGAGAUCCUCAAGAACCAGCCCAUGAUCGACCUCGCGCAGCAUAUUGCUUCCAAGUCGAAGUUCCUGCCCGCUGCUCUCCAGCCUAAGGCAUAAACAAACACACAGGAAAGGAAGAAACAGAUGUAGAAGGAGAGUUAUAAACAGAGACACGUGAAAAGGAUAGAUGUUCUUUUGAUUUCUGUACUUUGAUUUUAUGCUUGGGAUACGGGUAUUAUACUUGAAAUGCUUUAUUUUUACUUCGAGGAGUUGACCGGUAUGCAUGGGUAGAACUUGUUUUAUUGCGUUGCAUGGGUAUUAUGAGCAUUAGAUAGCGAUGAAUUAUGACACAAGACCACAGU